UUCGUGGGAGUGGCGCAAACACCUGGCCUCACCUCACCGCUCUCUCCUCCCACUGCUCGCGCGAUCGGCUGCGUUUCCGCAGGCCGAUGGAUGAAAACGCCCAGAAUCCCUCCCACACCUCCAUCGGCCUUCAAGUGCCGGCGCAGCCGCCGUGCCUGCUGUGUCUUGUCGGGAUCGGAGAAGCGGCGGCGCGUUCGGGUCAUUCUGCAGCGGCGGCGGCGGCACCCGGAGCCCGGCGGGACGGCGGCGGAGCUCGGAGGCGGCUCCAGCCCAGGGUGCCAUCAGCGUGUCUGUAAAGCUGUUCCCGAGGCCGAGCUCCUAAAGGCUUUGCCAACACUCGUGAUGUGUCCGAAGGAAGAUGCUAUUUGUUCCAGCCAGAGAGACUCUGGCUGUGAGCUAAACGAGAGUGAAUUCUGCUCCAUUCUUGGGGUUGGGAAUGAGCCCCUGAAGACAGGAUCUGCAACCAGCAAUGAACACAAAAGGAACCUCCGAAGAUUCCUGGGUGAACUGUUCAGGUGCCAUCCUGUGGGCACGGCGGUGCUGAUUCUGCUGCUCCUGGUGCUGGUGCUGGCUUUGGGGGCAGCCGUGGCUGUGCAGUCAGCACUACAGGUUCCAGUCACACCUGCAACCCCACAGUGUGUUCUGGGCUGUCCCCAUGGCUGGGUCGGGUCCAAUGGGGUCUGCUACUACUUCUCACGGGAAUACAGCACGUGGGAGCAGGGUCAGGAACGGUGCUCCGAGCUCAAUGCCUCCCUGGCCAUUGCCAAGGAUGAGGAGGCCAUGGAUUUGCUCUUCCGUCUCCGCGGGAACGGCGAUUUCUGGCUCGGGCUGCGCAGACGGGGCGAGCGCCUGCACUGGGGGGACGGCAGCAGCUACAGCUCCCGGUUUCCUGUCCUCGGCAAUUCCCAGUGUGUGUACCUGGCUGACGGGAAAAGAUUCAGGAGUGAGUUCUGCUCCAAUGAGCGGCCGUAUGUCUGCAGCAAGGCCCAAGCUCCCCUGUAACAGGGGCUGCACAAAGGACCUUCUCCACGCUGGGCAGUGCCAGCUUCACCUCUGAGCCCAGCACAGCGCUGUCCUUCCUCAGCUGCACCCUGUGCCUUGCAUUUCCUCUCAGGGUCACCUCAGUGCCUCUUCAUCCCCAGUGCCAACGCUGGGCUGGGGCUGCAAAGGAAAAGUCUCUGCAAUCCAUCCUGACACCGAUGCUGCCUGCAGUGAGUGCCUUGCCCUCAUGACCCAACAAGCUCAGACAGGAAAUCCAAAUUACCCUGGGAUUUUGGAAAUUAUUACAAACUGGCCUGAAGGUGACACUGUUGCACUUUCCACGGAAGAGGAAGAAGAAGUUCAGCCGAGAAGUGAUGAGGAGGGAUCCCGCUUUUGGCAUCAGGCACCUGACUGUGAAGAAGGGUCUCUCAGCUGCUGGCUCUCUCUCUCUCUCAGCUUCGGAGAAGGAUGGUCAUACCUGCUACUGCCAGCACCAUAACCCAGCCCAGAGCUGGAAUAAGCUCGAGAGAAUAAAAUAAACAGAAUAAAGAAGCUGCACCACCUGGUCUUCUCUGUCUGUUAACAUUAAAAGAGCUGCCCUGAGUCACCAUCGGGGCAGCCACACUGGUUUAAAAGAGUCAUGGGAAAGGCUGGGAUAUGUGAAGGGAAUAAAAUUCAGAGAAUGGUGUGAAAUAGUCUAAAAAUACUGCAAGAGUAGUGGUCACUGCCAAAGUGUCACAAAAAUACCUGUACCAAGGGAC